AUGGUGGGUUUCAAACUCAUCCUCACGGCUCUCUUGGCUUUCGAGAUCAGCGCCCUGGAGUUGUUGGCCUCGGAGUUGAUGUGUUCGGAUCUGCAAGUGACCGUCCGUGCCCAUGAGCAUGUGAUCCCAUGGUUCUCCAAGGAAUACUAUCUCAAGUAUCAGCAAAAGGACUCCUCCCUUGUGUGCACCCUCGAGGCUCCGGAUGUGACCGAGUUCCACGUGAGCAGUUUUCAAUUGGAGCAUGUUCUCGUUGAGUGGCUUUUCUAUCCGGAGUAUGUCAACCUUCAAGAUCUCAAGGAGGAUUAUGAACGGAUCCACACGGAUCUGGCUCAAUCGCAGCUUCAAGAGCAACCCUGUCGGUUUCCAGUUUCCAACCAAGUCCCAUCAUUGCCCAGCGACAACAAGAUCCCCAUGUGCAAAGAGCAUAGCUCUAGGGCUCUGGAUCUGACCAUUGACCACCGAGGGCGGAAAUUUCGUUCUCAACUGACCUUUAAUAAGGCCUUGGUCAAUCAUUCGGGCACUUACCAGUGUCGAUGGCGCUGGAAGGAGGAAACGAACUGUCUGGUUAAAACUAGGAGUGGAACUACCCAAUCCAAGCACCUACCCGGCCACGAUCCUCAUCGGAGUGGAACCAUUUACGUGAAGGUGUUCAAAUUGAGGAACUAUUUCGAGGAUGUGGCCACCAUAUUUGUGGCCUCGGCUGCGCUCCUUGUUGUCAUCUUCGUUUUGUGGUGCUUGGACACUCAUUUAAAGCGCAUGAACAUGCACCAUGUUCCCCCGGAACAUCUUUGAACUGAAGAUGCCUUAAGCCGAGCGUUAAAUAAAUAUGGAAAGUUGUA